AUGGCUCAAUCUUCUUCCGACUCCUCUCAAGCAGAAUACUCUCACGAGGCCACUGUGGCUGCCAUCGCAUCUUACUAUGAACUUCUCGCCCGCGUACACCCUGACAGUGUCUCUUCUCUCGAGUACCCUCCCCCCGAAGGAUGGCCUCAGAUCACGCCCGAGUCCUUCUCCAUCUUGGGCAGGAAUGAUACCGUCAUUGAGUUGAUGCGGCACAUUCCGUAUUUCACAAGCGAUCGGAUAAGCUUCAUGAAAUCAACUACACCGCGUAACUUCGCAGACGCAUCUUUCUGCAGAAGGAUCCAUGAAGAAAGCCGCGUGUAUAAUGAGGAAGUGUGGCCUGUCCCUCAGGACAAGAUUGGUGCCAAUCCUGGCUACUCUCCCGAGGGCGGAGAAGUGCCGAUCCCAACCAGCAUGUUCACCUUGGCGGUGCUAGCCGAAGAGAAAGAAGAGGGCUAUGACAUCCUGCUCGAUACGGAACACAAUAUCGUCAUUGUGGUCAGAGUUGGAGAGGAAUUUCCACACGGGUGGCCACCAAAUAACGGGGAGGAUAGUGAAGACAGUGAGGAGGACGUCGACUUAUAUCUACUCGGUCAUGAUUGGAGAUAUUCGCCGACCUAUCGCAUCGAUACAUUCUUCAAAAUGUGUCAAGAGCAGUGGAGGGUUGUGAACUGGAUACCAAAAAUGGAAUGGGCUGGUCAGAUUGAGGAGAGGUACCGGUCCGCAGAAACAAAGCUUGACGAGACAUACGGUGAUGGUCUCAGGCAGAAGAUCAUGCGGGAAGCUGGCUGGCCCGGUGCAGGGGAGGAAGUUGGCUUGGGAUGGGACAAGGCAAAGGCCGAGAAACAGAUGAUUGAGCUCAUGUAG